CUGAAGUUUAAUUGUCAUUUUUGACAUUCACACGAGCCGAUAGCUAGGGCUCUGAACCUUCUUUUCUACCUAUUUUAAAUCAAUAUACAAAAAUAGGAAUGGGUUACAAAUUCUUAAACCUUGCUUCUUCACUCAGGGUUGGUGGCUUCCGUAUUGCUACUAGACAAUAUGCAACCGCCCAUGAUGCGGAUAUAGUAGUAAUAGGUUCAGGUCCUGGUGGCUAUGUUGCAGCAAUCAAAGCUGCCCAGCUUGGUAUGAAGGUGGUGUCUGUAGAGAAAGAGCCUAGUCUUGGAGGAACAUGCCUGAACGUUGGCUGCAUUCCAUCAAAAGCUCUGCUCCACAACUCACAUUUAUACCACCAAGCCAAGCAUGACUUUAAAAAUCGUGGCAUCAACAUUUCUGAUAUCAGUUUUGAUUUCAAAAAGAUGAUGGAUUAUAAGGCAAAUGCAGUUAAAGGCCUUACUGGUGGCAUUGCGAUGUUGUUCCAGAAAAAUAAGGUGCAACUUGUUCGUGGAGUAGGCACUAUUGUUGCACCCAACAAAGUAGAAGUCAAAGGUGAAAAUGGAGUUGAGACUGUAAACACAAAGAACAUCCUUAUUGCAACUGGCUCAGAAGUUACACCUUUCCCUGGUGUUACGUUUGAUGAGAAGCAGAUUAUUACAUCCACUGGAGCACUUGCAUUAACAGAAGUUCCCAAGAAGAUGCUUGUUAUCGGAGCUGGUGUUAUUGGUUUAGAACUAGGCUCUGUUUAUCAGAGACUUGGUGCUGAUGUCACUGCGAUAGAGUUCUUAAAUUCUAUUGGAGGUGUGGGCAUUGAUGGUGAAGUAGGAAAGACAUUGCAAAAAGUUCUAAGUAAGCAAGGCAUGAACUUCAAACUGGGCACUAAAGUGUUGGGUGUCAGGAAAGAGGGAAGCAUUGUCAAAGUUGAUGUAGAAGCAGCAAAGGGUGGCAACAAGGAAACGUUGGAAUGCGACGUGGUUCUUAUUUCUAUCGGGCGUCGGCCAUACACAAAAGACCUCGGAUUGGACAAAGUCGGCAUUGCCCUAGACGACCGUGGCCGUGUCCCUGUUAAUGACAAGUUCCAAACUACAGUACCUGGUAUCUAUGCCAUUGGCGAUGUCAUUCAUGGUCCCAUGUUGGCCCACAAGGCAGAAGAUGAAGGCAUUGUUUGUGUUGAGGGUAUCAAGGGAUUGCCUGUUCACUUCAACUAUGAUGCCAUUCCAUCAGUAAUUUACACAUCACCUGAAGUCGGCUGGGUCGGCAAAAGCGAGGAGGACCUAAAGAAGGAGGGUAAAGCAUACAAAGUAGGCAAAUUCCCAUUCUUAGCUAACUCAAGAGCAAAGACCAAUGGCGAAACAGAUGGUUUCGUAAAAGUGUUAUCGGACAAAGCCACAGACGUCAUUUUAGGAACCCACAUAAUUGGUCCUGGUGCCGGCGAAUUGGUCAACGAAGCUGUACUGGCGCAGGAGUACGGUGCUGCUGCAGAGGACGUAGCGAGAGUGUGCCACGCUCAUCCCACAUGUGCGGAAGCUCUACGCGAGGCGAACUUGGCCGCAUAUGCAGGAAAACCGAUCAACUUUUAAUUCUAGAUAUAGUUGUACAAAUAAUGUAUGUGAGCCCACAACAUCUGGCUCGUUAUUAGUCAUGUAUGCUAAUUAAGUUCGUCUGCGAUAAGGAAUCUUGUAUGAAUCUGAGUUGAGCAAUUUUGGAUAUUAACUAAUUUAUGUUGUAUUACGCCUUUUGUAAAUCACUCACAAAGCUAAUUUUAAAAACUUCAAUUCAAUGCGUAAACUUCUUAUUUAUUGUAAUCAGAUACCACUGAUUGAUGGUUAUGUGAUAUUUGUUUUUAAAAUAUUUAUUUCGGAAAUAUUGAUUUAUAUAAUAUAAUUUCAUUCCGCUUUGUUGAUAACAACAUCAUUCAUUCAACAUUUACAUGAUGUAAAUGUUUUGUGCAAUGGUGUAUUUAUUUUCUUUUGUAAAUAGGUUUACAAAAAUACAGUUAUAUACUAUA